AUGGAAGAAACCUACCUGCUGAAUGUGGAAGGGGUCAAAAAGAAGAUUCUGCACGGAGGCCAAGGGGAGCUGCCGAAGCUGCAGGAUGGGAGCAAGUUCACGUUCCACUUCCAGACGCUGAAGGACGACUUUGAGCGGACGGUGAUCGACGACAGCCGGGAGGCUGGCAUGCCCAUGGAGAUCAUCGUGGGCAAGAUGUUCAAGCUGGAGAUCUGGGAGACACUGCUGAGCUCCAUGAGGAUCGGGGAGGUGGCAGAGUUCUGGUGCGACGCCAUUCACACAGGCAUGUAUGCCCUGGUCUCCAGGGGCAUGAGGAGGAUUGCAGAGGGUCGGGACCCUCUGGAGGGCCAGAAGCACCGCUGUGGCAUGGGCAACAUGUUUGACUACCACAGCACGGGCUACGAGGACCUGGACGAGCUGCAGCGGACGCCUCAGCCUCUCAUCUUCAUCAUGGAGCUGUUCCGGGUGGAGGACCCCUCAGCAUACAAACGUGACACGUGGGCCAUGAGCAAGGAGGAGAAGCUGGCAGCAGUGCCCGUGCUGCACAGCGAGGGCAACCGGCUGGUCCUGCGCAGGGAGUUCGCGCAGGCGGCCGCCAAGUACCAGGAGGCUGUCAUCUGCCUCAGGAACCUGCAGGCCAAGGAGAAGCCGUGGGAGGAUGGCUGGCUGAAGCUGGAGAGCCUGGUCACGCCGCUGGUGCUCAACUACUGCCAGUGCCAGCUGGAGCUCGGCGAGUACUAUGAGGUGCUGGAGCACACCACGGAGCUCCUGCAGAAGCACAAUGACAAUGCCAAGGCCUAUUUCAAGAGGGCAAAGGCCCACGCUGCUGUCUGGAACGAGAGGGAGGCUCGGGAGGACUUCCAGCGCGUGGCUCACCUCGACCCCUCCAUGGCGGCCGCCGUGAAGAAGGAGCUGAAGCAGCUGGGGGAGAGGAUGAGGAAGAAGCACGUGGAGGAUCGGAAACGCUACCAGGGCCUGUUCCAGUCAGGCCAGGGCCUGAAGGGCCUGCCCCCCAAGGCUGGAUACUCCUGA